GUAUUUAUAAAAAAAAAUCUAUAAAUAGUAAAAUUAAACUUGCUUUUUGUAAGAAAAAAUAUAACUGUGUCAGCUGUCAUUAGCAUUAUGUUAGUGUUGGAGCAACAGAGUAUCUUUAAACUAGCCCAGCAUAGAGUAAAAACCAUGAACCGGACAACCCUGUAAUUAACUGUCCUGUCUGCUGCUGCUCCUCCACUGAAAAUGUUCAUUUAGCAAGCAUGGGGCAGCGUGACUUCCGCCCCAAUGGGCCUCUACUAGCAAUUGCUGCAGAUCCUGUUUUUGACUGCUAGGUGGAAUAAUAGCUCUGUGGAGUUAAAUGGGGUGCUGAUCACACUGUCCCAUGAUUGCAUCUAGAAAAGUGAGCAAAUCAAUGUAACAUCAGGAUAUAUUUGUAAAAUCAUUGGUCACUCAGAAGAGGCAAGUAAUAUUUCAGCAGAGUUUAAGAUGUAUGCAGUUGUGAUUUUAUAAGAUUAUAAAAAUUUGUCAAAUGGCUGAUAUAAAUAGUGGGGCUUUGAGUGCCCCUAUGUAUGAGCCACCACUGCUCUCUUCAUUUAUGUAGUUUUAGUUAAAGGCUUUUUCGCAGCACAGGAUAGUGUAGAAAGAACGCUAAACCCAGCUGGGAGAUCUCCUCAUGGAAAGCUCAGCUGCACACUUGCCGAUCUUUGGGGAGUCUCCAACUGUAGCACAAGGAAUUUGCAUAGCAGUUAAUAAACUGAAUGUAGAGAAGCUGGGGGCAGAAGAUGAAAAUAUGCAAACGUGUACAACAGGAAAACAGGGAAACACCUGCUAGUUAAAACAAUCAGCUAUUUAUUGAAGGUUUCAAUGAAUACAGUGUGCCUUAGUAAAUAGGGAAAGAUGUUGACUUUAUUAAGAGACUUAAUGCCACAAUAUAGAUUAGAGCUUCAAUAACUGGAUGAUGUGCACUGAUAACCAGUUAAACAUUAUGUAUUUAUUUGAAAAUAAAUGUAUCAUGUUAAGAAGAGGAUCCAGGAGGUUUAGGCAGCAAGAUAGAUGGUUAUAUAUUAAUUAUCAGUUCACUGGCUUCAUACUCAGUACUCUACCUCUGUGCGGAGUCAGUACACUACCAGAAUGCUGAAAAGUCGCCCCCCCACUUGGAGUUUAAUUUUUAAACAUUGCUCUUUUGAUUUCCCUGAUUCAGUACCUAGUGAACGGGGAGGAUUGUAACCCCUUACUUCAUUCUAUUCAGCUCUGUUUUGCAAAAUAGUUACUAAUUACUGAAGCUGUCAUGCUAGAUACGACUUGUGCCGAGUCAGGUUCAUUAAAAUGCAGCAGGGUGACUGGGUUUAAAUGAAGUGGGGGAGCAAACAAGCAAGGAGACAGAUUGCAAAAUGAUUGCAUUAAUGAUAUUCUAAAAAAAAUUUAAUCAGGAUUUGUCACUUUGUCCUGGAGAUACGGUCUGGAACUUAAGAUGUCAGUGAUGUAAUGGCAACGGAUGGUGGUUGUUAGUGUAUGUGUGGGCACAGCCUUCUUCCCUGAGAGACGGAGACAAACAAGGGACAAAAAGGAAACCACAGAAGAGAGUGAAAGAAGUGCUUACUGAGACUUCACGUCACCCUGCUGAUAUAGCGAUGGAGUCCACCCAAGGAGAAGUGAGUGGAAACACAGAGGAUGUCACAGGGAGGAAGAAGUCAAGGUUCAAGUUCCUCAAAGUCCGUCUUUUUGGGCGUCUGAAGAAAAAGGAUACGGAAGGACGGAUGAAGCAGAGCCAGUCUGCUGGUGAUGUUACUGCACAGGACGGUGGGAGAGGUGGGGAUGACUCAGAGGAUGACUGUCACUAUCCAGAGGGGACAUUAGGCUCCAGAGCAUUGUCUCAUGACAGUAUCUUCCUGGCUGAUCAGGUUCAGUCCUCACAGCCAACGCGGGUCCUCUCACAGGAGAAUGUUCACAGCAAGAUUAAAGCUCUGCAGUUGAAGCUACAGCAACAGAACAUGCGACUGGCUCCUCCAAUGUUGAUUCCUGGAAAGCGAAUGGAAGACUCCGGAACAACUUCUGAGGAUGAUGGCUUACCUCGUAGUCCUCCUGAAAUGUCCUUCCAAGAGGUAGCCAUGCAAAGAGGAGCCUCUAAGUAUCCUGAGGCUAAAAAACAUCUCAGCUGGUUAAGUUUAGCAGGAACAGGCAGUGAAGAAGAAGAGCAGGGUGGUUUCUCACAACCCUCAUCAAGACCCCUUUCUCCAGUCCCCCAACUGUCACCAGAAGAAUCACCCUCUGCUGGUGUGGAUUUCACAAGCCCCGCCCAGUAUGUCCCCAUCUUAGACAAUUCGGCCGCUCGUCAUCGCAUGUCCAUCAAGCCCAGGAAUCAACGAGCUAGCACCAGAGGGAAAAAAACACCUAAUCUGUACCGUCCUCAGUCCAGCAGCAUGAACAGUCUGAAUCAGUCAUUUUCAGAGAAGGAAGAGACAGAGCAAAGUGUCACACCUAUGGAGCUCAUGCACCAUUACUCCUACACUUCUGAAGAUUCAACCCAAGCUGAGGAACCUGUAUCACCUUCUUCCAGUGUACACGUACAGGAAGAACCAGAGAAAGUGAUACCAAUGGAUUGCAGCCCAUGUAGUCCAUUAAACAACAACGCUACAGAACCGUUCCAAAAUGAAGACAGAACCAACACCACUUUAUCGGUGUACUCUGAUGAGAUUACAGCCCAGCAUGCCUCAAACAACACCAGAGAACCCCUGGCAAAAGAAUUUUCAAAUAAUAACCAAUACACAAAUAAGAUUAAUGUUAAUGAAAAGCAUCAGGCCAGUACUUCUUUAAUACCUCUGUCCAUUUGUCCAGUGGAUAUAGAAAGUGAUUAUAAUGUUAUAAAAGAAAGAACUGAUGAUAGCUUGGCUGCAUGUAGCACAGAUCAAAUGGAGUCAUUGAAAAUAACCAUUGAUGUGGAUGUUUCUAAACCAACAGAAACUAUAAGUAGGCCCCAUCCUGUUCCUGCACCACGGACCAAAAAGCCAACCUUGUCAAGCUUAAAUACCGGCACUCCUAAAGUAUCAAGUGCAAAACCUACUGAGGCCGAAAAGGAGACAGCACCAUCUUCAGGCCUGGCUGAAUCAUCAAGAGAAGAUGAUAAACCACUAAGACCCAGCUCAUUUCGCUUUAACAUUGCGUCUGCAAAAUAUCGCUCCAAAUCAAGUGAUGAGAUUGUGGCUAAGCAGGAUGACGAAAGCUCUGGUAAUACACAGAAGGGCCAAGCCUACAACCAGAACCCGGUAGUACAAAUGGAAAAAGUGGAAAACUCAAAAUCCACUGAGGUUUGCAGAAAUACUCCAGAUAAAAGAAGCAGUUUGAGGAGGGAAGCAAUAGGCCAAAAUGUCUCCAAGACAGGAGUAGGUGACAAUCCUGAAAAGUCUGAAGCAUGUUUACAAAGCACAGAAUACCUAAAAAGUGAAAAACUGAAAGCUGAGGAGUCCGAGGACAGAAGAGGUCUUUUUGGGGUUAAGCUGCGAAGCACGUCUCUGUCUCUAAAGUAUCGCUCUGAGCUGCCCAAAUUAGAGGCUGAAAUGAAGCGACAUAGUCUGGAAGGCUAUCAUAAUCUAGCAGUAAAGGAACCAGUUUCCAGUGACACGGAAGCAGUUGGUAAUGACAGAAAAGCAAAUGUUCUGACAAAUCCUGCACCACGGAGCUUGGAUUCACAACAGGAUCCAAUUUUAGACAAAGGCAGUGAAACAGACAGCAGACCUGAACCAGCACGGAGGAGUCUUCCCCGAGAAAAGACUAGAGUCCACCAGUCCUUCUCCACUAAACCAUCUACUCAGCCAGCUCCACCACCUUCUUUAUUUACGUCUCAAUCCUCCUCCACUCAACAACUUUCAAAACCAUCCCUGCAGCCUAGACCUCACUUACCACCAACCAGCAAACCCCAACCAGUUAACCAAUCAUCACAGCAAAUUGCACCCAAAACAGCUCCAAGGGCAAUGGAAAGAUGGACCAUGUCCAAUCAGAGAGAAGAAAAGAGUUCUGUGAGCCAGUCUACACACAGAGAUGAAUUAUUGGAUUCUAAGGGACAAUCAAAACAUGGAGUCAGAAGUAACACCCAAACAGAGCCUGAUCAGCAGCCUCCAUCAGACAAAGCUCAGCCGACUUGGAUGGAACUUGCCAAGAGAAAGUCUCUCGCCUGGAGCGACAAGACCUUAGAUUCUAUGAAUUUUUAAUUAUGUAAAUAGGUUCAAAAUGCACAUGGACAAUUGACAGAAUACUUAGUUUUUGUAAAUACAGACUGGUUAAAUAAGCUAGAUGCGCAGGAUUACCGUGCCUUGUCAAAUAGUGAAAGCUAAAAUACUGAAAAUCUAGUGAAAACAGAAUUAUAUAUAUAUAUAUAUAU